UUGUAAUAAAUGAACAACUUUAAUGCAUCAUUCAAAAUGGAAACCAAUAAAUUGAAUAUGUGCACCUUUUCAGUUAUUCACAUCCGUGACUGUCUUUUAUCUUUACCAUGUCAUAGACUAAUGGCUGAUGCUUGUCUCAAACCGAAACUCUUUUUAUGAUAUUAUCCAUUUCAAUUCCAUCACUCUCAACAACUUCCUUCUUCACCCCAAAACAUCUUUAAUAUUUAUUCCAAAAUUCUCAUCAAAACAUGAACACCACAACACUUUCAACCAAUCUUUAAAAAAAAAAAACAUGUCAACCGUUUGGUUUUCCUUAAAAAAAUCAUUCCACUGCACAUCAGAUUCUUCAGAUGUCCACGACCCGAAAUCUAGAACCCAUUUGUCAACAAUCCUGACCCGAAAACCCGGAAGAUGCGGAUGUUCAAGAUCCAUUGCAAAUCUUAAAGAUGUAAUAAAUGGUGGAAGCAAAAGACAUUCUGAAAAUGUUGUUAAUUAUAGUCCAAGGUCUAUUGGAAGUAGUGAGUUUUUGAAUCAUGUUACACAUGAUGUAAUUGUUGAUAAUUCAACAUGUGAGCUUAAAAUCACCACCUUUGGUGGUGGUUUUCACGACGGGAAUGGUGGCGGCGCCGCCGCGACAAUGCAGGAGUUAAAGAAUGGGAAUUCUGGUCAUUUGGGGAUUGUUGGGAAGAAUAACAUGGUUUUGCAAAAAGGUAGAUGUUCGUCGGAGAAAGAAUAUUCCGAUGGGUUUUCCGGUGGAGUCACGUGCCAUAAGUGUGGCAAGCAGUUUCGUAGGUUGGAAAAUCUUGAAACUCACCAUGUCUCCAAACAUGCGGUUAGUGAGCUUUCGGAGGGCGAUUCGUCGAGAAAGAUAGUGGAAAUCAUUUGUCGUUCGAGUUGGUUAACAUCCGAGAGCGCUUCUGGUCGAAUUGACAAGAUUUUAAAGGUACACAACACGCAAAAAACACUAGCUAGAUUCGAAGAAUAUCGAGAAUUAGUGAAAACAAAAGCAAGCAAGUUACCCAAAAAACAUCCUCGUUGUAUUGCAGAUGGAAACGAGUUACUACGGUUUUACGGUGCCACAAUUGCUUGUUCGCUUGGCGUCAAUGGUGACUCGAGUCUUUGUGAUUGUGACAAAUGUUGUGUUUGCCAGGUCAUAAGAGAAGGGUUUUCAACAAUCAAUGACGGAAUUGGUAUUUUUACAUCUUCUACAAGUGUUAAAGCUUUUCAAUCUAUAGAAGUGGUUGAAGAAGACCCAGAUACACGAAAAGCAUUGAUCGUGUGUAGAGUAAUAGCCGGGAGGGUGCAUCGGCCACUAGAAAACAUUCAAGAAAUAUCGGGUCAAACGGGGUUUGACUCGUUAGCGGGGAAAGUUGGAAUUUAUUCGAAUAUUGAAGAGCUUUAUCUACUUAGUCCUAGAGCUCUUUUGCCUUGCUUUGUGGUGAUUUGCAAACCCUAAUUUAAACCAUAUUAAACGUUAAAUGGCUAUUCCAAGUACAUUCCUUUGUAAAA